UAGAGUCGUCGGCGCGGCUGUAAGAAAGCAGAGCCCAGCCGGGACUGUCCAGGUGCAGCAGGCGCCGGGCCAUCGCGGACCCCGAGGCGCACCGGCGCCGCACCGCACAGUUCGGUGCAGGGCAGAGCGGAGCCGCAGCCCCACGCGCCGCCCGGGACCCACUCGCCGCCGUCGCUUCCGCAUCACCCAUGGGGACCAGGAGACUUUAAAGGAGUUUGGGGUUUCGGGAGCAGGGAAAUCACGGAUCCCCGCUCCUGGCCCUCGCCUCGCCGCGUCAUUGAUGGGCAACCAACUGGACCGCAUCACCCACCUCAACUACAGCGAGUUGCCCACAGGGGACCCGUCGGGAAUCGAGAAGGACGAGCUGCGAGUCGGGGUCGCCUACUUCUUCUCGGAUGAGGAGGAGGACCUGGACGAACGCGGGCAGCCCGACAAGUUUGGCGUGAAGGCCCCCCCGGGCUGCACCCCCUGCCCAGAGAGUCCCAGCCGCCACCGCCACCACCUGCUGCACCAGCUGGUCCUCAACGAGACUCAGUUUUCCGCCUUUCGGGGCCAGGAAUGCAUCUUUUCCAAAGUGAGCGGCGGCCCUCAGGGCGCCGACCUGAGCGUGUACGCGGUCACCGCGCUGCCUGCGCUCUGCGAGCCAGGCGACCUGCUGGAGCUGCUGUGGCUGCAGCCCGCGCCGGAGCCGCCGGCGCCCGCCCCGCACUGGGCCGUCUACGUGGGCGGCGGGCAGAUCAUCCACCUGCACCAAGGCGAGAUCCGCCAGGACAGCCUGUACGAGGCGGGCGCGGCCAACGUGGGCCGGGUGGUGAAUAGCUGGUACCGCUACCGCCCGCUGGUGGCCGAGCUGGUGGUGCAGAACGCCUGCGGCCACCUGGGCCUCAAGAGCGAGGAGAUCUGCUGGACGAACUCGGAGAGCUUCGCCGCCUGGUGCCGCUUUGGCAAGCGGGAGUUCAAGGCGGGAGGGGAGGUGCCGGCCGGCACGCAGCCCCCGCAGCAGCAGUACUAUCUCAAGGUGCACCUGGGGGAGAACAAAGUUCACACUGCCAGGUUUCACAGCCUGGAAGACCUCAUCCGUGAGAAGCGCCGCAUCGACGCCAGCGGCCGCCUGCGAGUGCUCCAGGAGCUCGCCGACCUCGUGGACGACAAGGAGUAGCCGCGGAGGGGCUGCUCGCCCCGCCUGUCUCCCCGCACCCCGCUCCCUUCCCGUCCCCGCACCCGGGCUUCGCGGCCGGCGAUUCUCGACCCCCGCCCCCUAGCGCGUCCGCCGCGGGUGGCCGGUGCCCAGGCUGCGCCCCGCACCUCUCUCCGGCAAGUGUCAGGAAAGUCUCAGGAAUGGACCCCGGGGCUGAAAGGGCGCAGCUGCGCGCGCCUGGCUGAGCACCCCAAGGGCGGUGACGGUGUCGGGGCACCCUGCGUGUGCUUUUCCCUUGAGCUGUAAGGAGGGGGCGAGAGGAAUGGGCUGAGGGUAGCAAGGACACGGCCUCCCCCGCGAGUCAGUGGUCAGUGACUAUGACAAGGCAGGGAAACUACUCUUUUCUAAGAAGGGACCAUCAGCGCCUCAAACGUGCACACACAGACCGGUCAGAGGCGAGAAUUGGUCUUUUCAGGGGCACAGUUCAGCUCCCGUAUGGAUGUGUCCCCAGAUCGCGGGAUUUCCAAGAAAUUGAGCCCCCUUGUGCACUUGUGAAUAAUUCCACAAGAGAGCAUUUCGGGACUCCGGGUUAUCCCGAGGCUGCCCAGGACAUUUCCAGCUCUCCAACCCUGGUUCUUUUGACAUUGUGUUCCAGGCUCUGGGCUAAGCUAGAGAGUGUUUGCUUCCCAUUCUUUCCACCGAGGGAAGCGAACGCCACCCCCACCCGCAUUUGCCUGUGAGACUCCCUCGUUGGUAGAAGGGAAGCCUUCCCGGUCCCGGGAGGAAAAUGGCGCAGCUAAUUUGGUGAGGACAGCCGGCCCCGCCCCCGGAAAGGAGAUAGUUCACCUGGUGUCUGGGAACUUGAACUUGUUGAAGAAGGGUGCUUAUUGUUCUGAACAUUUGAUUGCUCCCUCCUCGGGCUGCAUUUCAAAAACAGUCAUAUUUUAAAGGGAUUGAAGGAGAGGGAAGGGGAGGACAUGGCAACAUUCCAGAAACCAGCAUUAUUACAACACCAUAGCCAGUAUAUUUAGUUUGGCUUUUCCUAACAUAGAAAUCUUAGAAGGUGGGGAAGUGGAAAUAAAGUUUUAAAAAUGAGAGAGCAGUUUUCCAACUAUGUCAACAAAGCCUAUCGUGUUGAUGUUUUAUUGACCAUUUUAUCAACAUGCUAAUAAAAUUUCAAAUUGAAAUUUUUAUUUUCAUGGCUUUAAUCCAUGAUAGCUUAAAUACUGGGGGCCAUUAAGAGUGGAUGUAGCUAAGAGCUUAGCUAACAUUGACUUUUCACACUAUUUUUCUCAACUCUUAUGAGAAUUCUGUUUUUGGAUAUCGUAGUUCAUUUUUUGGCAUACAACAGCAGCCCUAGUAAUAGUGGAGUUGUUAAUGUGUAUAUUGUACUGAAGUUCUGUCAGUUAAAGGGUUUACUGUUUUGGUGGAAAUUGCAGGUUCCAUGAUGUUUCUUUUCUCCAUGUUUUAUAUCAUUGCCAUUUCACAUUUGCAUUUCUAUUUUUCUUCCUCUCCUCCUGAUCUUCUUAGAAAUGAAUCUAGAAUUGGUGGCUUUUCCCCCCUCCUCUUUAGCCAGUCCCACAGUUCAGUUCUUCCUGAAAACAGUGAAGAACUUGAAGGAUCAGGACAAACGUGUGUUAUGCAGGAAAAAUAAGGCUGGUUGAAACCCCUUCCUUGGGCAAAGAUUACAAACUUCUCUCCUCAUCCGCAAUCCCAGCCUGAAUGAUUGUUAUUUGAUUCCGUGUGUUAGACACCUAUAUCAUCUAUGUCUCUUUCAAGGGGAUUUGUCAAAUAAUGCUGUUUAGCUAAUUGUUGCUAGCAAUUGCAUAUUGAUAGCUGUGAUUUAGUUGGACAGCAAAUAUUAUGGCCAAAGCCAGUUUCUUGGCAUUUCAAAAACAAUGCAAUAAAAACUACUUGAGGUUAGCUGAGACUGGAAAUGCCUUUUUCAUGGUUAAUGACUCAUUUCUAUUUUGGAUGUUUUGGCUUUUUAUUGUUUAUUUUUUAAUUUGUAUUUGUUGGUUUUCAUCCUGGAUUCAUUUCCUGAUCUUGAGUCAAAAAGUCAGAUCAAUGAAAUAUGAACUAAAGUAUUUUUCUUAAGCCUAUUGAGUGAUUUAUUUUUUAAAAAAAUGUUUAAUGCAUAUGCUUUUCUUUCAGCACAAACAGCAAAACUUUUGUAAUAAUUAACUUACCUUUGCAUGUAUGGAGAACUGAAAGUCAUUUAUUUCCCUAACUUGUUCCUCUUUCGAAUAACAGAUGGCAGAUCAUAAACUGAAAUUCUUUAUUGUAUCUACACACUCCACAUUCUUUACUGUGUCCUACUACUGUAUCUUGGCUCCCUGCUGUAUUAAACAUCAUCUUAAG